AAUUACAGGAUAACUUUUGGCAGAAAGGUAUCCAUUACUAGGACCCUAUGAUGAAAACUCAGUUUUUAUCGAAGCUGCUGGUGCUCGCGUUUUGUGGAGUGGGGUUAAGUCAUGCCCAGCUUCAAAAGCAGGCGUACGAGCAUCAAGAUGAAGGCGAUCUUCUGGUACGAGAUAUUUCGAAAAGGAUUCGCAACGGAGAAGAUCUUCCAGAGGCCUUAGUUCUUGGCAAAAACAAGCCUCAUGAGCUCCGUCGCUCACUCUCGCAGAAUCAUUUCGUCCAUCGGCAAGUCAAGAAAGCCGGCUCCUUGACUUCGCUGAGGAAGCUAGCCUUGUUCAAUUUCGGAUCAAACAAGAAACUGGUCAGACGUGAGCGACCCCCUUCAAUUUUCAAUUCUCAAGUAUCCUCUGCUAGUGAUCAAGCCCUCCGAACCCCCCCACAAAGGAAUUGUGCCUGGCAGGCGUACAUCACCGGAAAACAAUACAAUGUCGCCUACCCGGAUUUACAGGCCAUUUACCAGGUGCUUGUCAUGCUGAAAACUACCGAGAAGAAUAUCUUUCGUGUCCGCGGUAGCUUCCCCCAGGAAGGUGUGCGCUACUUCUCCCUCCAAUCCAACAAUGUGGACGUGGGAUUCCCCAUCUCGACCAUCAAGGAUUACGAAAUCGAAGUGGACGACCCAGAGAAUACACGCAAUCCGUUUGCGGAGGACUCAGACCGACCCAUCGGGACAUACACAAUAAAUGUGACGCCUCGAGGGGAUCAAGGGCUAAAAAAUGAGCUCAGUCUGUGUCCGGAAUCAAUGACCGAUCGGCAAUGUAGGAGUGUAAAUGCGGUCAUGCUCAUGCGUUUCUACACCUCUGACCCGGACCGUCCUCCCGUCAGCUCCAAAACCGAUCCACCCGCCAGCCAGCCCAACGAUCGUUUGUUUGGCUAUGCAACACCUCCCAUGGUGGAAGAGCGCCAGUUCAAAUCCUGGACCGAUGACAGGUCACGCGACCGAUGGCGCGUCUUCCCUACUUGCGAUCAGACACGUUCCACUCAAGUAACUUCCUUGAUUUCCAAGCAUUUUUACGGAAUGAUUCCUCCCUUCGCGCCGCCCGUCCGCCACAACAAGAACAACAACUUUGUGCUUUACCUCGGGGAAGACACGGCGACCGCAGGGGUAUACCCGAACCUGGACGCUGCUUAUUUGCUGGCAGUGGCCUGGCAACUUUCUCCAGAGCUGAAAGAUAAACCCAAGAAGAGAUUGAUGGCUCGCGUAACGGGCACCUUGCCCGUUACUUCCCGAAAUCUUUUCACGGAUCCCAAGAUUGCGAAUUACAAGGACGCGGACGUCCGUUACAUGUCUUUCUCCUCCAUUGCCUUGGUCUCGGGAGGGCCUACUAUGGACACAUUGGAUGACGCCGCCUUUUUGCGUUUCUACGAGCCCCAGCAACCGGAAGGAGAGGCAUGGAACCGCUCCUACUCCUUCGUCGCAGCCGAGGACCCAGAGCGGACCUGCGGGUUGUAUAAUGCCUCGCAGGAGUUGUUCUUGUCCACCGUCCUCGACGGAAAGCUCCAGGACUACUGGGGCAUCCUCGACCGACAACUCAUCCCCAAAACGCAACGAACCCGUCUGCCCGACCGCUCGAACGGAUACGCUCGCUUGCAAUGUGCGGAUGCGUCGGCCUUGGAUGCUUGUGUGGACCCGGACUAUCUUAAAAAUGUCAUGGAGGACUACUACCCUCGCAUUCAGUGGUACACUUGUGACCAGGACGGGACAUUGGAGGAGAUCACGGAUUACCUGGGCGCAAUCCCGGUGAGCGAGACGUUGACCAACAAGCAGAAGACACACAAUGGAGGUGUUGGCUCCAACUAAUCGACCUCGUAGACUUGCUUUGUGCGCUAUGACGAGUCGGGGAGGGAGCGGGGUUUGGAGGAAGCACGUGUCAAGGGGGGAGGAAGGGAGAUUGGCGAGAGAGGACGAGUGAGAGGGAGUGGGAGAGACGACGAAAAGGACUGUGAUCGAAAGAGAAAGGAGGCGUGACGCGAAGAGAGAGAUGUGUUCGUUAUUGAAAAAGGAUGAAGGAGAGGGGAAGCGAGAAUCAUCGAGUUCUUUGAGAUGGUGUGAUACCAAAGCAGCCCAUGUUUGGAUUCAGGCUCGCCGGCUUACCUACGCCAAUCCCUUUCUCUUUCUCGUCUGCUACUUUUUUUGCUUGAAAUUUUUCCUACCUAAGGAAGAAGCAGUGAAGGGCGGCGAAAACGAGGGACAAGUCCGCGCAAGGGGGAGAAGAAAAUGGUGAACGCUGCAUGUGUGGAGGUGUAUUUAUUUUUUAAGGCUGGAGUAGGUGCUCGGUGGUAUUUGAAGAGGAUGGGAUACGUUUGCUACUUCGUCUGUCGCUCCAAAAGUAGUCUUAAGCACGGGAAGGAUGAGGCGGGUUCGUCCCCAAAUAAGCCACAAGAGAACCCUAGAAAACUAAUUUCAAUAGCGUCCGAUAAGAAACAGGACCGAAAAAGAACUCCCGCAUAUUUCCCCUA